GUCAGGACCCUGGGCUGCUGGGUGCAGUCUGGAUUACAUUUCUUUGGGAAGGCACUGGAAGCUGUUCCCUCUCACCCCCACUCUCCUUUAUUUUCCCCAUUGUUUGUUUUUCUAUAAUUUCAUCUGUAAAUAUCUUAUUUUAUGCCUCUAGAAGCUAAGGCCUCCUUUAAAAAAAAAAAAAACCCAACCACAAUGCCAUCAUCAUGCUUAAAAAUAUUAGCAGUCAUUCCUUAAUACGAUGGGGACAUCCAGUUAGUGAUCACAUUUCAUGGGAGAGUGUUAGGCAGGGAGGAUUUUCUUCCCCCAUUCAGCCCUUUUCUAUGGAUGUAAUCCCAGAUUCCGGCAAGGCUGGAGUCCCCCUGAUUCCUUAGCAUCGCAGCAGAGGGGCCAUGUGUUUGAAGAUAAAUUAUGAACACCAUAAGGGCUGGGAUUGACCAGGUGCUCGCUUGUGUGAACAGACACUAGUAGGUGCUUAACACGUGUUAGCUCAUUGGAUUCUCAGGACAACCAGGGGACCAGGGGUUGUGGCAGCAUCCCUAUUUAACAAACCAAGACACAGAUGCAAAGAAGUUGCAUCACCUGCCUGAUGUGCCAACUGCCAGAGGUGCCCAGCUGAUAAGUUGCAGAGGCAGGAGUGAAACCCCGGCUUGGAAGCAAAAAGGGUGGGAGCGGUCCUUUCCAGUACCUGAUUUGGAGAACAGUGUGUAUUUUGAAACCCCCAGCUUUAAAUACUUGGUGGAGUAUUUAAAAAACGGAAGCAAAAUGUCCUUCCGGCAAAACUGCCCCUGGGGCGCAGACAAGCCAGGGGCAUCUGCCUUGUCUCAGCAUCCUGCACCUCUUUGAAUGAGCUGAGGAGUAAGAUCAGUGGUCUUGGAGUCUCCACGCAGGAGAGGGGCUUAGACGUCAUGGAGGCAUGGCACAGAUCGGGAAACUCGGGCCUUGAUGGGAGCCAGGACUUGCCCAGAGUCCCAGGUGAUGAUGGUCCUGGUGCUGGAUGGUUUCUUCCCGUGGUUCAUUCUGUUGACAGUUGGGCAGUGCCGGGCCACCAGGCCCCAGGAGUGGUCCUUGAUUCAGAUCCUGGGGAUAGGUGCAGAGGCCAUGCAAAUCAGAGACUUUCUGGCUCUGGCUACAGAUCAUUCCUCUUCCCCAACCUCGAUAAACGCUGAGCCGUGGUUACUGGGCGGGGACAAAGGUCCAUAGAGGUGGCCCGUCACGGUCGGACACUGUUGACUCUCCUCGGAUGCCAAACCUAUCCCGGCCUUGGGCUUCAGAGGAUGGAGCUUUCCGCUCUCCUUUCUAUUGGCAUUCCCUGAGCCCCUCCUGGACACCAGGCACCCCACUGGGCACAGGACACUGCGGAGACCCGACAGCCAGCCUGUCCUCAUGGAAUGCCCAGUUUAGUGGGGAAUCAGGAGUUAGCUGAGCCCUUCCAAGGUGCCGCCCCCCCGGCGCGGUCAGACCAGCAUGGUGGACCACUUGCUCCCAGUGGACGAGACCUUCUCGUCGCCAGAAUGCCCUGUUGGUUGUCUGAGCGACAGGCUGAGUGGCCGGCGGGCGUACCACAUGCUGCCCUCGCCACUCUCGGAAGACGACAGUGACUCCUCCAGUUUCUGUUCCUGUGCCAGCCCUGAUUCGCAAGCUCUCUGCUCCUGCUACAGUGGCAUCUCAGGUGCCGAGCGCCAGGACAGCAUCUUGGACUUCCUGCUAUCCCAGGCCACCUUGGGCAGCAGCGGUGGUGGUGGCAGCAUUGGGGUCAGUGGGGGCCCCAUGGCCUGGGGGGCCUGGCGGAGGGCACCGGCGCUUGCGAAAGGGGAGCAUUUCAGCUUCCCCGAGUUCCCUGUGGGUGACCCCGAUGACGUCUCGAGGCCCUUCCAGCCCACCCUGGAGGAGAUUGAAGAGUUUCUGGAAGAGAACAUGGAACUGGGUGUUAAGGAGGCCCCAGAGGGUAACAGCAAGGACUUCGAGGCCUGUGGGCAGCUCUCGGCUGGGCCACACAGAAGCCACCUCCAUCCUGGGGCUGGGGGCAAAGAGAGCCGGACACCCCCGCCGAGCAGCACCGGUGCUAGUGGUGACCAUGGCCCAGGUGGGGGUCUCACAUCGGACAGCCCCAUCCCGGUGCUGCUUCAGGUCCAGCCGGUGCAGGUCAAGCAGGAGUCGGGGGCCGGGCCAGCCUCCCCUGGGCAGGCCUCGGAUCCCGUCAAGGUCACUCAGCUCCUGGUCAACAUCCAGGGACAGACCUUCGCGCUGGUGCCCCAGGUGGUGCCGUCCUCCAACUUGAACCUGCCGUCCAAGUUCGUACGCAUCGCCCCUGUGCCCAUCGCCGCCAAGCCCAUCGGGUCGGGACCCCUGGGGCCCGGCCCUGGCAGCCUCCUGGUGGGCCAGAAGUUCCCCAAGAACCCAGCGGCUGAACUCAUUAAAAUGCACAAAUGUACUUUCCCUGGCUGCAGCAAGAUGUACACCAAAAGCAGCCACCUCAAGGCCCACCUGCGCCGACACACGGGCGAGAAGCCCUUUGCCUGCACCUGGCCGGGCUGCGGCUGGAGGUUCUCGCGGUCCGACGAGCUGUCGCGGCACAGGCGCUCGCACUCUGGCGUGAAGCCGUACCAGUGUCCCGUGUGCGAGAAGAAGUUCGCUCGGAGCGACCACCUGUCCAAGCACAUCAAGGUGCAUCGCUUCCCCCGAAGCAGCCGCUCCGUGCGCGCCGUCAACUAA